AUGGCCACAACACUAGACCAACAAAAAGAGGCCGCAUACACCCUGCUCUCUGGUAUGCUCACAAGCGUUCUACAAAAAGAGUGGAAAAUAACAGACCGCCAUUCGUCACAGUCCGCCCUCCUCGACGCACUCCUCCCCAAGCCAGCCCCGGUCACAGCCCCAGCUCCCAUCGCCCCCAUAAAGGUUCAGAAACAAAGCAUCUUCCGCCUAGGCAACAGGACAUUCGACCUCGGCCCCGAACACGACUCCUCCGCCAGUUCCUCCGACGAUGAUGGUGACGCUCCGAUCCGGAGUGCGCGUCAGCUUAAGAGCGAGAUGCGCAGGGUUAAUGCGAUUCAGAGGCGUGCGAAGAGGAGGGCGGAGAGGGGGAGGAGGAGGAUUGAGAAACAUCUUGGUGGGAAUGAGGGUGUUGUCGACUUUGAGACCUUGAAGAAGGUAGAGGUAACACUACCUCUGAAGACUACACAGAGGGCUGCGGAAACCCCGGUGAGGAUGUUGAAGGAGCUGGAGGACUACAAUAGUCCUGCAAGGAGUAGUCUGCUUAGCGAUGCGCCCAUGUCGCCGCGAAGUGCUGAGUUCAGUUCGACGGCUAGCGAGGCCAACUGCGAGGUUGCCGAAUACGAUGGCGUCGACAGUCCCAUAUCGGAACCCGUACAGGCACCCGGGCGACUACGAGGCUGCUCCUGCAAAGCCUGCGACUUCACAACCCAAUACUACCACAGCUGGACACGCCAUUUCCGGGGCGUAAUGCACAUGGAAAAAGUAGCCAAGAGCACACAACGCAAAGGCCCGAACAUCAAGUUCGUCAAGAAGGCAGCGAAGAGCCUACAAAGCCCGGGAUCAGUCGGGAAGGAUGUGAACAAGGCGCCCGGGAAGCUAUGUGCGACUGAGCAAUAUUGCGAUGCCUGUGAUCGUGUUUUGCUCAAGUGCCAUUGGAAGCGUCACGCGGUCUCUGCGAUGCACGCAAUCAAUGUCAAGAACAUGCUGAAGAGGGACAUGCUCACGCGAGGUUCGAAGGUACCGGAGCAUUAUUGUAAAGAGUGCGAUCGGGGGUUUCUUUCGGCUAAUUGGGGGGGCCAUUUGAAGGCGCGGGCGUAUUUGGCUAAUUUGGCCAAGGCCAAAGAGGAGGAAGAGAGUGUGAGGCUUCACGCCCCGACACCGGAGUCCGUGGUGCUGUCCGUAGAAGAGGAAGAGCAGAAAGAAGAAGAAGAGGAAGAGUAUGAGGAUGACGGCUUCGGGGAAGAAGGCCACGAAGACUACGGUCACUACUGCGAUGACUGCGACGUCACUUAUGCUGGUGCGAAAUGGGCGCGGCAUUUGACUUCGGCAGGCCACGUCUUUAAUGUUUUACGGAAUACGCAGGGCGAUGAGAGUAUGGCGUCCGACGACGAUGAUGAGGAGGAAGAGGAGGAAAGCAUGGCAGACUAUGAUUCUGCCACUGAUGGGGAGAGCAUCGUGUAUGAUGAUACGACGGAUGAGGAUUCUGCGUCGCCAUCGCCCUCGCCAUCGAUCUCACUCUCGCCCUCACCUUCCUCCGCCGUCCCCAAAGAGGGAAUCACAUUCCCCCACGACGGGACACCGGUUGCCGACCUCGCCUCGCCUCCCUCCCUCACAACUUCGCCGACCUCCCCCGCUUCCCCCGCUUCCUCGUCUCCUUUCACUCCCGCUAGCGAUGAAUUCCCUUCGGAAGAGGAUUUCUACUGCGAGACCUGCAAUGUUACCAUCUUGUCUGCGGAAGACUGGGAGAUUGAUGAGCAUGUGGCUGAUCAUGCGUAUGAGAUGGGUAAGGAGGAUGAGGUGGUGCAAGGAGAUUGGCUGAGUCAGCUGAGGGAGGCUGCUGGGCUGGCGAAGGAUGUGGAGGUGAAGGAUGUGGAGGAGGUUGAGGAGAUGGAGGGGGUAGAGGAAGUGCAGCAGGGUAGCAUGGAAUGUGAAUACAAUGGGUGGGCAUGGAGAAUGUGGCUGGAUGGUAAGGUGCUCGGGAGUAUACGGCGCAGUCCGUCUUGUUGA